CACAAUGGUAAGCGUGUGUGUUCUAUGUGCCGGCUCCCGCGAUAAAUUGUUAUUAAUCCCAUCGAAACGCUUUCAUCGAGUCCGCUCAAUUAAUGAGCUUGUAGAGGGAUCCUCGAACCUUCGAUUCGUAUAUAUAUAUUAUGGUGAACGUGCCCAAACAGAGGAGGACUUUCUGCAAGGGGAAGUGCAAGAAGCACACCCUGCACAAGGUGACACAGUACAAGAAGGGCAAGGAUUCCUUGUACGCGCAGGGCAAGCGUCGUUACGACCGUAAGCAGAGGGGAUAUGGUGGUCAGACCAAGCCUAUCUUCAGGAAGAAGGCCAAGACGACAAAGAAGAUUGUGCUGCGUAUGGAGUGCACCGAAUGCAAGAACCGCAAGCAGCUGCCCAUCAAGCGCUGCAAGCACUUUGAGAUCGGCGGUGACAAGAAGCGCAAGGGACAAAUGAUCCAGUUCUAGUUCUAAUCUGCCUGUGUAAAUUCCAUCCCCCAGCAGCAGCACAAGCUAUAAAAAAAAUGGCGCCAUCUUC